AUAAUGUCUCGUAUAUUAGGACGGACACAAACUAAAACUAACGAUUACAUUAACAAUACCUCAUCCUCGUUCUAUCCAGAAAGAAAACACACACCCUCAUCUCUCUCUCUCUCUGCUGUAGUAGCUCUCCCUCUCUCUCUCACACGACAUCUCUCAAUGUCUCUGCCAUUACCGAGCCACAUGAAAUCUGUAUUUCUUGGUAUGAAAGUUGAAAUCAGUACGAGUGUUCCUGUAACUCGCAUUGGUUUCUGGAGGAAGAGUGUGGACUGUAAAGAAUCAAGAAUAGGAAAGCAGCCUAUUACAGUCCCAGCUAAUGUUGCAAUUGCAAUGGAAGGCCAGGAUCUCAAAGUGAAGGGUCCUCUUGGUGAACUUUCAAUCACUUAUCCUCGAGAAGUAUUAGUUGAGAAGCAAGAAUCUGGAUUUUUAAGGGUCAGAAAAGCAGUGGAAACAAGAAGAGCCAAUCAAAUGCAUGGACUUUUUAGGACCCUUACGGACAACAUGGUAGUUGGUGUUUCAAAGGGAUUUGAGAAGAAGCUUCAGUUAGUUGGUGUUGGAUAUCGUGCAACGGUUGAAGGGAAGGAUCUUAUAUUGAGUCUAGGAUUUUCUCACCCUGUUAGGAUGGCAAUCCCAGAUGAACUGCAAGUAAAGGUUGAAGAAAACACCAAAGUAACUGUAAGUGGACGUGAUAAGUCUGUUGUUGGGCAGUUUGCUGCAACAAUUAGGAGCUGGAGACCCCCAGAACCAUACAAGGGUAAGGGUGUAAGAUAUGUUGAUGAAGUUGUCCGUAGGAAAGAAGGUAAAGCUGGAAAGAAGAAAUGAGAUGAUACAGUUUUUUGUUCCUGGUCUUAUGCGUUGUUUUGCCAGCGUGAAAUUGAUAUUGUACUGCCAGUAAAAUUGAUAUUGUACUCAUCUGACAAAGAAAGGAAUUCAAUGGCUAUUUGCGUUUAGUUGCUGCA